AUGACCAUAUCUCUUCUCUGGCAACAGAUCAGGGGAGCUGCAAAGUCUCCAGGAUCUAAGGGUGGCGCUGUCAAUGGAAAACCUUCAAACAGCCCCACCAUUCGAGCUAGAGGAAUUUUCCAAAGGCACAUUGAUACUGUUGAAGAUGUUCAGUUUUGCCCUUCAAGUGCACAGGAGUUCUGUAGCAUUGGUGAUGAUUCUUGCCCUGUCCUAUGGGAUGCUAAAACUGGCUCUGCUCCUGUUGUUAAGGUCGAAAAGGCUCAUAAUGCUGAUCUUCACUGUGUUGAUUGGAAUCCAAAUGAUGUAAAUCUGAUGGGUGAUAUUCCAGUGGUCGGCAACAGGUCAUCUGUCUUUGGUAGUGCUGCAGAGGACGGUAUCCUGAAUAUAUGGGAUUAUGGAAAGGUGUGGAGUCACUGA